AAUUGCAUCUAUCUGUGAUUCAUAGAGGAAUGAUUUGUCUGAGAGAUCAUUGUGAAAUAGGGUAGUUAAAGAACAGUGAAAUGGCUACUUGGGAAAAAUUUGCAGCUCUUUUUGGGGACUUUUACAACAUUUUUGUGGCCCUCACUGCUCACAGUAUGUUCACCGUCAGCUGCCUGUCAUUCGCUUGGUCCUCUUCAGUUCUUCCUAAACUUCUCGAGUCCCAGGAUAGCCCCCUGCAGAAACCCAUCACAGCCAACGAAAGUGAUCUUAUAGGAGCAAUUUUCUACAUUGGAGCUGCCAUAGGUCCUCUGUGUUUCAUCUCAGUAGUCAACAAAUUAGGAAGAAAGAAAGUACUAGCUAUAAUAUCUCUAAUUCCUCCAAUAGCCUAUGGAAUUCUGAUUUUUGCGAAGAGUGUGACUUUGUACAUCGUAUGCAGAACGUUUCUAGGGAUCUACGUUGGAGCAGCUUUCAGUAUACAGCCUGUUUAUCUAGCUGAAGUGCUAGCAAUGGAAGAACGAGCCUUUUUGAUGUCUUUUGUGACUUUAUUCAGUUUCAUUGGAGUGUUUACAGCUUUUACGGUUGGACAUUUUAUACCCGUUGUUCAUUUCAAUGGAUUGAUCGCAGUUUUAUCAACAAUAGUGCUGAUUUUAGUAACUUUUGGUUUCCCUGACAGUCCGUACUAUGUAAUUCAGCAUGAAAAUAAUAGGAAAAUGAUGGUGUUGCUAAAAAAACUAAGAACAAGAAGAGUUAAUGUAAACGAAGAAUUUGAAGAAAUCCAAAACAGAGCUGCGUGUGAAACAGAAGAUUCUUGGCUGCAAAUUUUCUGCACCAAAGACAAUAUAAAGGCUCUUAUUUCAGCUACGAUUCCUCUACUGUUACAGUCAUCGUGUGGUGUUAUAUUUUUGAUGAAUUACAACCAAUUGAUCUUUAUGCAAACAAGCAUAACUAUAUCUUCUCACUACUGUUCAAUCAUAGUGGUGAGUUUAACUUUUUCAACGACUUUUUUAGCUCCAAUUCUGCUGAAGAGAAAGAAGAUAACACCAGGAACCUUAUUAAUGUGUUGUCUUCUUGGUGUUGGCGUUUGUAAUAUCAUCAUGAGUCUAUACUUUUUUUAUGGAAGACAUAUUUCUUACCUCAGCUGGUUGCCUCUGAUGGUUUUGGUAUGUUCCGUUCUGAUUUAUAAUUGUGGAUUGGAUCCCAUACCUUGGAUGAUCCUAGGAAAUUCAUAUCCAGUCAGUAUAAGUGCUGUAGGUACAGCUGUGUCUAUAAGUAUUUUUGAAUUAUCUGUGUUUCCAACAAUGUUCUUGUUUCAUAAGGUUAACAUGAGUUAUUUGUUUUUGUUUUCGUCGAUUUGUUGUGCACUUGGUAUUGUCUAUGUGAAAUUUGUUGUUGGACCGUCUGAAGAAUUGAUUUUUGAGAAGAUAACGAGGAACUUUAAGUUUUGA